AUGAUUAAAAUCAGACAGGUUCUUAAGAAGUGGGAACAGAUCUACACACGUCGUCUUCUCGAAAGCGCGAAGUGCAAUGUUGACGAAGAUGUGAUUGCUGAGCAGAGAAAAGUGGACGAACUCGAAGAGUCUUGGCGACAAUCCCCUUGUCGUCAAAGACUUGGCAAAGAGAGGUUAUGGGGCAAACCCUCCACAAAUUCAGAUCUCAUUAAUAGUGCCCUAGAACAAUCUCUUUUUUUCAAACAAGGUACGUAG